GUGAUUAUCUAUCAUGAAUGUUGCAUUCAGUCUCAUUUUGCCACAUGAAGCUUCUGAGCAAACUCCAAAAAGAGUAUUUGAUGUCAAUUUAUGUCAUAAUCUAACGAUCAUUCGCUCCUAAAAAUCAGAUGGUAUGCAGUCAUGAUUUUCUUUCAGAGCAUUGCAUUUUGCUUCUUUAUCUCAGACCUGCACUUAUCUGCCAUUUAUGCACUUGAAACGUGUCAGACUGCCUGGUUUGACGAUGGAGAUGUUUCGAGAGAAGGUGACUCGGAGCUCUUGACUGACCUGAGAAGCAAACAUGGACGCAUGAUCUGCUCUGAGCCAGUGGACAUGGAGGCUCAGACUGUUGCCGGGAUCAAGUCUCAGCACACGUGGAACAUCUUCCACACCCACAAUGCGUCCGAGGGCCUUUUGUGCCUCAACAGAGAGCAAGCCUGGGGUCUAUGUGAAGAUUACAAGGUCAAGUUCACCUGUUCUGGAGAUUUCUGUUCAGCUUGCCAGACGGGCUGGUUUGACUUGGAUGACCCCGAAGGACAUGGAGAUUUUGAGCUCCUCGGUGAUCUGCUCCUCAAGUACCCCGGAGAGAUCUGCCCCCGGCCGAUAGCCAUCCAAGCCCAGGUCGUUUCCGUAGGGUCUCCCUCCAGUACUCCAGAGACAUUCUUAAACCUGGAUCCUACACAUGGGUUUGCAUGUUGGAAUGCAGAUCAGAUUGACAAGAGCUGUGAAGACUACAAGGUCAGGUUCACGUGUCCCGAAGAGUUCUGUCAAGUGUCAGAGUGCCGCACACGAUGGUUCAAUAGCGAUGUUGACCAAUCAGACGAGGGUGACGUGGAGGCCUUGUAUCAGCUGAUGAAGGCUUACCCGAAUCAGGUCUGCGGGAAUCCGCUCCAAAUAGAGGCCAGGACAAAAGACGGCUUGCCUUCGAAACACACGGGAGACAUCUUCCUCUUCUACGAUGUUAUUUUUGGGUUUGCAUGCAUCAAUGAGAAUCAGAAGAGUGCAAAACAAUGCGAGGAUUACAAAGUGGUGCUGACGUGUCCCUCCGAUUUCUGUCACACUUGCAGGACUGGCUGGUUCAACGUAGACAAUCCUACCAACGGCGGCGAUUACGAGACUCUCGACAAAGUGCAAAGGGUGAAUGCUGCGGGGGUCUGCUCUCAGCCUGUAGCGGUGGAGGCCAUGACAGUAUCUGGCAUCCCAGCGCACAAGACCGGCGAUGUAUUUCAAACGUAUGACGCUACUCACGGCUUCGCGUGUGUGAAUGAUGAGCAGACCGAGAAACAAUGCGAAGACUACAAGGUUCGAUUCACCUGCCCACCGGACUUCUGCGCCUGAACCUGCAGUCUCGUAUCUUUUGUAUUAGUCGAGCAUAAGGACAUCAACAUCUCUUAAUGAUUAUUGUUAGGCGAUGAUUCAAAGCCUCACUCCUCUAAACAAAAAUAUUUAAUGUGUCCAUCAUGCACGAUAAUCUUCCCAAAGCGGUGUGACUCUGACACCUAAGGCUGUCUGGAACUCACAUCGAGUUUUUCUGAGACUUGUAAAUGCAUGUUGGAAUCCAUGAAAAAGAUAAAGCACACUUGAAGUUUGAAAAGUCCUUACACUUUGUAGGAGAGCGUGCUUUUUUUCAGUGUCCAAUAAAUCUAGUAAAAGCUAUUUUA